AUGUGGAAGCGGUUCCCCGAGGUUAUCAGCUUUGACAACACCUAUAACACCAAUCGCUUCAAGCUUCCACUCUUCCAAGCUACAGGGCAAACAUGUCUUGGAUCGGUAUUCAAUGCAGCAUUUAGUCUCAUUGAUAAUGAGAGACUAGAGGGGUUCCAGUUCUUAUCGCAGAGUAUCUUACAACUCAUUAAUCAGAACUCUAUUCGCCAACCAGAUGUUAUUAUCACCGACUACGACAGACAGAUGAAGGCAGCUCUUAACGAAUACUUUCCGAAUAUGCAACAACAGCUUUGUAUUCACCAUAUCAACUCAAACGUUAUGCUUAAAGCCAAGCAGAAGUAG